CAUCGAUACCAUUGGCUCCUUCACCUCGUCUAUCUCCCCCAUCGUCAUGUCUGCUGCCCAAAGCUCUCCCUCGCAAGAGAAGGUCCCUUCGGAGGACAUCAUUGCCCGAAAGACGGACCUUUGCAUCUCGAAUGCCAUUGUCAAGACUGGUAUCGGACUCGGAACGGGUGUGGUAUUGAGCGUGCUGCUCUUCAGGCGCCGAGCAUUCCCCGUUUGGCUCGGAACAGGAUUUGGAGCAGGAUCAGCCUACACAGACUGCGAGCGUUCCUUCAACCCCUACUCUUCCCCCGGUCUACGAGUUCUCCCUCCUUCCCUCUCCCCUCCUUCCUCCUCUAGCAAAUCCUCUCCUUCCUCUUCUUACUCGAGCAAUCCCUCCUCUCCUUCUUCAGAGGGGUCUACUGUCCUCGAGAGGUUGAGCCAGCGUGCAGGCGAGGCAAUUGAUACUGCAAAGGUCAAGGCGAAGCCUACUGUUGAGGAGGUCAAGGAUCAGUAUGGACUUGCAAAGGACAAGGUAGAGGCAAAGGGAAGGGAAGUCAAGAGUGAGGUGGAGAAGAAGAUUAGGCAGGUGUAGCCAGUGGGAGUGGAGAGGGGGUUCGAAAGAAAGCAUUGCAGGCACGAAGCAAUGGUCACCUGC